AUGCAUCUUUGGGCUUUCGCUGGGUUCGUCUUCUUCGGCGCUGCUGGGCCGCCACUGAUUUUCGAUUUCCGCACUGCCACAGAGUUGCACGACUUCGAUUGCGUGGAGGUGAAGAGCUCUCAUGUUGAUUGGUCGGCUAUAAAGCGUCGAGUGCAACAAUUCGACGCCGACUGGCAGGCUCCGCAGUUGCGGAGCACUCAGCAUCAGUCGUGCCAAACGCCGGGCUUCGAGCAUGUUGUCCUCAGACGGAUAUCGGAUGCUUCUUCCGAGUGCGCAUUGGGCGCUCUUUCUGCGGUGCUUCUGGUUCUCUUGUGCGCUGCCGGCUGCUCUGGCCGACAUGAGUCAGCAUUUGAUGAUGUAUGGAAGGCCUUCCUUGGCCGCUCUCUGCCCUUGUAUCUUCUCGGCACUUCAACAUGGCCAGUUGCUUCACUUCUGGCGAAGUGGCAAUCCACUUGUGGGGGCCAGUUCCUUCAGCAGCGACCAUCGCAGCUUCGGCAAGAGAACGUCACAUUGGUUCAUCACAAGUCCGGACCGACGCAAGCCGGGUCAAGCGAGCCCAACUCAACGGCAUUGGCACUUUGCGCACAGCCAGAAGUGCUGGGCUUCUUGAUGCAGGUCGAAGCGGCAACGCAGGAGCAUUUGAUGCCGCUCCUCUGGCGGCCAAAGGAAAAGGCUGGGGCAGCUGAAGUCCUGCUCGGGCUCUUUGUCUCCAGCACGCUGCGUCCACUGACGGCUUUCAUGAACAGUGCACCUCGAGCAGACCCAGAUUUCUGGACGGCCUGUGCGGCAGCGUGUGCUGCAGAGGGUGCCGCCCUUCUUAUGAUCCGAUUGCUUGGCACGCCAGUGCCCCGUGACCCACUUGACCGGCCUCGGCUGACUGAGCUUGCCAAGUUGGUCGCACACAUGCCUUUUGCUACCAUAUCGGAGACCUCGGCUGUGUUUUCUGCUGCAAUCGCUGCAUCGCACUACGUCGCGUGGCGCUCGCAUGACCUUUUUCUGGACGUCAAGCUUGACGAGGUUCGCCGAGUGCUGGGAAAGGCAUCGGAGCAAGUCCAGGAGUCGCUUCAGCACUGUAAGUCCGGCUGCGGAUUGCUGCAGAGUUUUCAUGAGGGCGAGCCCGAAAACCGUCUUCGUUUUUGGGAGGCUGUGGCUGGUGCAGAUCUUCCGCCGUUGUGGAGACAGGUUUGCCGCUGGCUCCUUUCCAGUCCAACGACAGGCGUGGAAGGUUCCUUGCACAGUACACCAAAGUAUGGUGCUUCAGCAGUGCCCGUGUACUUUGCCAUCGCGUAUGGGUCCAUGGAUGAGCGCUGGGUUUGGCACUUCUUGAACAGAGCCUUGGACUUGAGGCUUCCGCGGGUUGUGUUCGCCACGACUGCUGCCCAAUGGAUGCUGUUGUGCGAAGAUGUGCGACAGACACGCCACAGAUUGUCCGAGUUGCUGUGUUUGCACAUCUCAAGUACAUCUGCCAGACCACUUGAUGUUCACGACAAGGCAAAAUUUUACCUUUUGCCGGUGUUCUUGUCCCUUGGCUUGGACGUGAUCUCCCUGGAUUUGGAUGUCUUUCUCUUCAAGGAUCCCACGGCGCGACUUCUGGAAACCGUCUACAGCACAUCACCAGUGGACGUGGCAGUUACCGACCAUUUCGAUGGCACCUGCCUUGACGCUGGAGUUCUUUUCGUCCGGGCAAGCGACCAAGCAUUGCUGUGGGUCCUGAGCCUAAUAGAAUGGCUCCAUGCAUAUCCGUACGGUCACUUUCAGAACGGUUUGGAUGCCUUCCUUGGCCAUUCCAUUUUAGAGCCGCAGUUGCCGGACAGCGCCAUGCAGACAGCUGCCAGUGUAUCCUACAUUGUGUUGGGGACUGAUGUGGAGUAUGCAACCUUGGCAGGUUGGGCUGGAUCCCUGAACAAGCAGCGACACCAGGCGCUCCUUCUUCAUUUUACGCCUGCCAUCUCCGUCGGGCUCUCGAAAGGCGACAAGCAGGUUCAGCUGCUACAACUCUUUAACGCCACAGCACGUCGGUUUGGGGAGAAGGCGCCUGAUGCUCAACGCCUAGAGAUGGCCAAGUGGAAGGUCCUGCAUCGUCUGCACACCAACGUUUCCAGGUGGAGAACUCCUUGCUAUGUUGGUAUCCACCCAACCGUGACACAUCUGGUGGAGUCCGGCCUGUAUGGUGAGUUGUCUCUGCAGCGGAAGCAACCCGUGGGCGCCAUGGACAAUCUCGGCUUGCAAUUCGGGCUGAUGAACUCCUUGGGCCGCCUCGCGGGAGACAGCCCACUGGUCAGCAUCCUGCUGUGCGCCUUGGUCCCCUUCCUGCUGAAGGAGGUCCCGCGGCUUAUCGAAGCCUUCGGCGAGCUUCUGAGAAGGUAUCUUGCAGCUGGCCAGGAGCACUACACGAGACGCAUCGUUUUCACGCAGGGAGACAACAUGCACGUCCAGCAUUAUCAUGGUCCUCGAGAUAUUCUCGGCUCUGAGGAAACGUCCACAGAACGUAACAAUAUUUUGCAGAAGGCGAUCCGAUUGUACAUCAACAAAGACAAAGACGCGCUUCACAUCAAGGAUGCCGAGAUCUACUUGCUGGACAAUAGUGCAACGUCGGACAGCGGAAGCGGGCCCAGCUUCGACCGGUACGGUAAUUUCAAGCAAGAAAUCAAGUACAUUGGGGACAUGGAUGCUUCAGUGAAGAAGCUCAUGGGCUAUGGUGUGACCAAGGGUCCCAGAGAGCGCGACUACCUACUCGUCGAUGCCAAGAGGAAGAUCGAGUUCAUGUAUCACACGACGUGCAUUGCUCCCGAAGCCUCAGACGAGUCCAAGGGCAAAGGGAAAGGUGCACCUGCAGCCGGGAAAACAACCACGACCUUUUGCCUCCGAUCUAUUGGACCCAAUGCUGAGAAGAAUGUCGACAGCUUCAUCGAAGAGGCUUUGGAGUCAUACAAGCGUCAAAAAGCAAAUUCCAUAGACCGAUCCCGCUAUUUCUUCAUGCCACAGCUGCAGAAGCAGGAUUCAGAUGGGAUGGGCAAGGGAUUCGGCAAGGCAUCGCCCCAGCAUGGCACCUACAAGAAGUACCUCCUCUCCGAUCACAAGACAUUCGACUGUCUUUACUUCCCCGAGAAGGCGCAGGUCCUGUCCAUGCUCGACGAUUUCCUCAAGACGAAGGGCAAGUUUGCGAUCCCGGGUUUUCCCAACAAGUUAGGUUUGCUGCUGCAUGGACCUCCGGGCACAGGAAAGACCAGCCUGAUCAAGAGCAUCGCGCAGUUCACAGGGAGGCAUAUCGUCGAUGUACCACUCACGAAAGUCAAGACCAACCAGGAGCUGUUUGACAAGAUGUUCGACCUAGUUUUUGCUGUUCCCGGCGACGAUGAGGCUGUGCGCAUGAGGUUCGACAACAUCGUCUUCGUCAUGGAAGACGUAGAUGCUGCCUCAAAGGUCGUGUACCGCAGAUCGCCGGCCAAGGAGAACAAGAAGAAGGCCAAGGGCAAAGGGAAAAUGCGAGACGGCAAGGACAAGGGCAGCAAAGGCUCAGCAUCGGAAGUCUGCAAAGGCCAGGAGAUGUUAGCUGAGGGUGCGCUGCCAGGGAGCCACGAUGGGAAAGGCAAAGGGGCCGGUGCAGGAGGCACAGGUUCAGUAAGCAAGGGCGAACAGCUCCUUGCUGAGCUGGCAAAGCGAGGGCCCCCCCAGCUGAGCCGCGCCCAAUCUCACACACUGAGCCUUGUCCGGACGAUCACGAUUGGACCAGAGGCCGAAAGUCGCAAAGAGCCUUCCGGCAGUGCACUGCCGGUCCCACAACAGAACGACACGGAAGACGAGGAUGAAGAGGAUGGGGAGCCGGACGAUGACGAGGAGAGAGCCGAGCGCAGGUCCAGCAAUUCAGUGGAGCAUCUUGCUGAAGCCAUCAGCCGGCUGGGUGUCAGCUCGGGGCAGGAUGAACCCAAGAGUUUCGCUAGUCGCUUCAGCCGAGAUGCCGACGAGCUGAAUCUCUCAGGUGUACUGAAUGUCCUGGAUGGGGUUGUGGACUCUCCUGGCCGCAUCUUGAUCAUGACCACGAACCACCCGGAGAAACUCGACCCUGCCCUUAUUCGGCCCGGCCGCAUCAACUUUGCCAUUGAGCUGGGCUUCAUGCAGGGCGCUUGCUUGUGCCAGCUUGUGUCACGCCUCAUGGGGCAGGAGCUCACUGAGGCUCAGGCUAAGGAAGCGUGUGAGAUCGCCGACAAGGGCAAGGUCACGCCAGCCAAGGUGGAGCAGUGCUGUGCCGAGGCCGGCUGCGUGCAGGACCUCCUGAUAGCCUUGAAGAAGAUUGCAGACCUGGAGCGGUGA